CGAGCCUGAGUCAGCCACGGCCGCGUCCAACGCCCGCAGCGGACCCGCAAGAGAAACGGUCAAAAGAUUGCCUUUCCUCAGAAACUGUCUGGUGCCUCAAAUCCGAAACUAUAACCCCAUCAUGCCCACUGUGACCCGCUCAGCAAGCGGGGCCACUGCUGCAAGGACUCGGUCGGCCGCGAAGAAGGCCGCAACGGCCAACUCGUCAGACUCGUCAAGCUCAGCAACAGAAGCGAAAGUGAAGAGUGCGAAGAGGAAGGCUGAACCAACUAGUACCGAGAAGACAUCCAGGAAGAAGGCAAAAUCGAAGGAAACAAGUGAGGGCGACCCCCCAGUACAGCAAUCCACUACUCUCGACGCUCCAAUCCUGCCAUUGAAACAAGAUGCUGAGGAUGCACCAGCGCUGGUCCCCGCGGUGCUCACAUUCUCGUUUGAGGAGGCUAAGCAAUACUUAAUCGGCGUGGACCGACGGUUUGAGGAAGUCUUCAGGCGAGUGAAGUGUAAGCCUUUCGAACAUCUCGAAAGGGUCGAUCCGUUCCGAACCCUCGCAAACUCGAUCAUGGGGCAACAGAUCUCCUGGAAAGCUGCCAGGUCCAUUACGCACAAAUUCAUUAGGUUGUUUGACCCGUCAAUCCCAGAGGACCCUACAGAUCACUCCAGUGCCACGUCAUUCUUCCCUAGUGCCAGGCAGGUUGCCGGCACGGAUAUCACCACGCUCAGGAGCGCAGGCCUGAGUGGCAGGAAAGCCGAAUACGUGCUCGAUCUGGCGUCCAGGUUCGCUGACGGUCGUCUGUCGACAGAGAAGUUGCUAGCGUCGGACGAUGAAGAUCUGUACGAAAUGCUUACAGCUGUGCGGGGCAUUGGCAGGUGGACGGUUGAUAUGUUUGCAAUGUUCUCCUUGCGGCGUCCAGAUAUCUUGCCUGUCGGUGACCUCGGUGUACAACGCGGAGUGUUACGCUGGUUCCUGUCGCUGCAUGCUCCUACCACUCAUCCGCUUACCAUCUCACCCGAGAAGCUCCCGAAGCCGGAGGAAGAAGCCGAGAAGAACCAAAGCAACGGAGACGUCCUUCCUGUACUCGGGGAGGACGCAGCAGGCAGCCAGAGCCAGACCCGCGCACUGACUCCCGACCUAUCCUCCAUCCCACCCGCGCCCUCCGCGCUCCCAGAGACACCCGUUGAGAAAGACACCACGAAGGACAACAGCCUAGCCCCCUCCGAUGAGGACCGCGGUAACCCUCUCCCCCCGCCAUUUACGCCGUCGAUCAACAAGACACUGAACAUGGCGGCGACCGCGGAUGAUUUUGCGCCGCCGCCCCUGCCUGAGGGACUGACAACCGGGGUACUGAAGAGUCGGCUGCAGGGCAAGAAGACGAAGGGCGUGCUGCUGACACCGAAGGAAAUGGAGGAGCUCACGGCUAGCUGGCGCCCGUAUCGCAGCCUCGGUGUGUUUUAUAUGUGGGCGUUGGCGGAACCGCCCAAGUAGGGUCGACUUGUAUGACUUUGUGGCCCGAAUGCCCUCAGAACGCUGGCGUGACGCGUCUUUGUGCUGUUGCUCUCGUGUGGCAUAUUUAUGUGCUCGGUUGGCUAGGACGGAGUGUAUCAGCAGUGCUCGCGACGUUGAUGGGCAGAUUUUCCUUAGGCUCGAUGUGGCGUGGUUCGCUCUAUCGAUUCGAUGCGACGUGAAGUCGAGCUUACUGGGUCCGGUUAUAUUCGCAUCUGCUCGAUGGCAUACGGCAACUGGGCACCGCGCAAUGAAGCGUAGCUG